AUGAAAGAGACAGACACAGAUGCGGCGCGAGCCAACCAAUCAAAAAAGCCAACAAUGAACGUCCUCGACAGCGCCGUCACCGACGCCGACCAACCGUCGCAGCAGCUUCCACAACAAUUCCCACAUCCCAAUCAUCGCGUCAAGAGCCAGAAACACCUUGUUGGCGGCGGUACUGGCGGCCGGCUACAUGCUCGGGUCCCGUCUUCCAAAGGCCUCCAUAAGCACCAUGCGUCGACAUCAACGACGAAAUUGAACCGCAAACACGGCUCCGUCUCACCCGAUCGCGGGUCCGGAUCUGGGGCCCAUCACCACCGUCGCGCAACCUCGGAGCUCAAGCUCUCCCGGGACCCGUCUACGACCAAUUUGAAGAAGGACCCAUCGCACACAAAUCUGAGGGGCAAUCGCUCCCAAGUCGAUGCUGGCAAGAGGACAAAGUCCGCCACCAAUUUACAUCGCUCCGCGUCCAAUCCGGCAGUGGACAAGCUCAGGUCGUCGGGAAGCACCAAGGUUCACUUUAAUCUCGGCGACGACGGCCAAGACGACGACGACCCAGACGACGAGUGGGUGGAUGCCAGCACAUCUGCCUCACCCCUGCUCUCUCGGCGCGGCGAGGAGAAUACCCAGGCAGCAUUAUCCACACUGGAUCGAGAACAGACAAACGAUCGUUCUGGGGCGAACGGGACGCAGAACGGCGCGCACAGUCCGGGCCGUGCGGCGAGCAGCCACAGCCAGUACCUGACCACCCGGAUUCUAUCGCGAACCUCGUUACAGCGCGCCCCGCCCAUGAUGUCGACUGAAACGGUCGAAGUGCGGCCUCCCUCGUCACGGCAACAAUCACCGCGAGACUCAAGCCCCGGCAAUGGUCCUUCCUUUUCCGGCACGCCCGGCACGGUAUCGCAGGCUCGGCCGGGCAGUAGCGGCAAGGCAGAACUAACAUCCAGGUUCAAGGGGAACAACAGCCAAGAGCCCGGAUCCGGCAUACCAGGAGAGUCAUUCAUGUCAGCUGCCAACCGAGGCGGACUGUCUCGGGCGGCGUUGAACGGCGUGCCCAAACGACGCCAGUCCCUAGGAACUUUACCACGAGCCGGCAUGGACGGGAUGAAUGGGGCCCGAGAGGAUAAUCUCACCGACGAGGAGGAUGCAGACCAAGGAGUCAUUGCGCCCCGUUCACGGCGGAAUGGCAAUUACGUGGUGCCCAGGGAUAUGAGCCGAACUCAGCAGAAGUUGAAUCUACAACGGGCAAGCUCCAGUCUGGAACCAACGCACCCUCACAACGGGAUAGGACUAGGUCCUUCGGGAGUCCCAGCAGGCGCCGGGCCUCUAGGCGGCGUGCCCGCCUAUGAUUCCGAAGAGAGAAGAAUCGCGAAACUGCUUGAAAGAACAGGCAUGGAAUAUCUUACAGUGCGCCGGCAUGUGAGCCCGGUUGCCCGGUCUCUCUCGCGGGUAAUGCAGUUGCCCGGCGUCGGCGGCAGCCGCCAAAUACCUCAGAGCCGCAGUGGUACGCAUUCGACCAGAGUCUCGGAGCUUGGUGGCCGUUUUGACUCUAGACCUCAUCAACAAGACCCUCACGCGCGUGAUCCUGGCAUGGUGGAUUUGAUGGAUUCCCAAUCUUCAAGACGGCCGCUCACGCCGGGACGCACGUUCUCAGCUUUGACCACCGCUAGCGCUAGCUCGAGUCUCGGUACCGACGACGGCGCCAGCAGGAUGCAUGAACGGCAGGGUCUCAGCGGGGCCAGCCUGGUGGACGGGACCGAGGACGCCGGGACGCUCGCACUGCUUCGCAUGAUGUGGGACAAGAACAUGGAUCUGAGUGCGAGCCAGGAUUAG